AUUUUCACAAUGUUCCGUAACGGAAUAUUAAUUUUUCUUAUUUUUCUCUUGAUUGUGUGCUUUGACCAAGUGUCUACCUACAAGAUUCUGAGUAUCAUUCCGUUUGUUGCACCUAGUUUGACGUUCCUGAGUAAUGAGCUGAUGAAAGGUUUGUGCCAAGCUGGACACGAUGUAACAGUAUUAACAGUUAAAGAAGAUACGUUUCCAUCUAACUAUAAGAAUUGUAAACAAAUCUUGAUGAAAGACGCUGUUGAAAACCAAUUAGAUACAUACCAAGCGAUUAUCAAAGUGCGUAAGGCCGAUAAGAAAACCCCAAUCACGUCGUUUUGGAAUUUUAUCUUGUUUGCCGAUACUGUGAUGAAAGCGACCCUUAGCGAUAGCGAAGUUCAGAAAUUAUUAAGAUCCAACGAAACGUUCGACGUUGUUGUAGUACCUCAAUUUGUUUUCGAAGCUUUGAAAGCGUUCGCUCCGUAUUUCGACGCCCAUCUGGUACUUCUAAACAUAGGUCCGCCGAUUUUUUGGAUGAAUCAUUUUGUCGGAAAUCCGACUCUACCUUCGAUAAAUCCGGAGAUGUUUUUAGGAUACACAAAACAAAUGGAUUUUUUCCAAAGGUGCCUCAAUACUGUUCUCACUUUGGGAAUAUAUCUAACCAGAAAAUUAUAUUUGUAUCCUUCUCAAGCUGAAUUGGUUCAUAAAUAUAUAUCGAGAGAUAUAGAUUUGGAAAAAAUUUCUUACAACGUUUCCCUGGUGUUGAUGAACGCUCAUCCUUCUGUUAAUUCAGCGUCUACUUCGGUGCCUUGUAUGGUAGAUAUCGCCGGAUAUCACGUGAAAACUUCGAAAAAAUUACCGGAGGAUUUGCAAAAGUUUAUGGACGAAGCUCAAUACGGUGUUAUUUAUUUUAGUUUAGGUUCCAAUGUACAUAUUUCUGAUUGGGAUGUAGUAAAAUAUUUUGUUAAGGCAUUUUCCAAGAGGAAAGAGCUAGUAUUAUGGAAAUUUCACGCUACGAAUUUAUCUGGUUUAUCUGAUAAUGUCAAAGUCGCGAAAUGGUUCCCGCAGACGGAUAUUUUAGCCCAUCCAAAUACAAAAUUAUUCAUAACUCACGGUGGAUUUUUGAGUACUAUUGAAACAAUUCAUCACGGAUUACCAACCGUAGCCAUACCAAUAUCUGGAGAUCAAAUUUUGAAUACUAGAUUUACUGCAGAUAUGGGAUUCACAAAAAUUAUCGAAUUUCCAACAAUCACUGAAGAUAAAAUUACGGAAGCGCUAGAAGAGGUACUUGGAAACCAAAUAUACGCGGAGAAUGCCAAAAUGAGAUCGAAAAUAUUCCACGACAGACCUAUGAAGCCAUUGGAUACAGCGAUUUAUUGGAUAGAAUAUGUGGCAAGACACAAUGGAGCGAAACAUCUGAGAGUAAAUUAUUUAGAACUGAAUUGGAUCCAGUUUUAUUUGCUGGACGUAUACGGAUUCUUCGGUUGUAUCAUUUUCGUUUUAAUUUUGGUUAUAAAAAAUCUUAUGUAUCGUUUAAUCAAAUAUAUUUUCAAAAUUGGUUAUCCCAACAAAUCGAAAAAACAAUAAAAACGUGAAAAUUAA